AAUUUAGCACACGUCUCCGUCCCACGUCACCUCAAUUUUAGUGAAUUGCUCUGCCCUUGGGGUCCUCACAGUUCACCGUAUCAACCCAACCCUGUUCCUGGGGUCCCACUUUUCCAAGACGCAACACACGACGACGAUGACCCCCGCUGUAGCGCUGCGUCUUUCCAGGGGCGCACUCAAGGCAACAGCGUCUCUGCGUUGCUCAAGGACCGCCUCCACCGUCGCCUCAAAACCACACGAGAGUGAUCCACAGCUCGCAGGCUACCCCGAGCUCCCAUGGGUAUCCAACCAGAGUCUCCCAGCACGAGGAUGGUGGGACCAACAGCAGAGACGGAAUUUUGGUGACUUGGUCCAUGAAUACGAAGAGGUUCUUUCAAUGUGGGGACCUGACAUUCCACAUGUGCCUCCCCGGAAAGCUCUCUUCCAGUUCUCUGUGGCCGCCUCGGGAUUCAUAGCUUUUGGACUCCUGUGCAAGUAUGCACUUGCACCGGGGAGACCUACAGUACCCCGGGAAUACCCGUAUUCAGGUCUUAUACGUGAACUCGGGGGCCUGGAAGAGAACAAGGCAAAGGAAAUUGCUGCCGACGGCGAUGAAUAAUUCGGGUUCUUCCUUGAUGCCGUUUGUGGUCCGUGUAACUCGUUUCCCACCUGCGAGAACGGAAUUCACUUGGAGAUUGGUCCGUUCGGGUUCAUAUCAGUGGAGCAGCGUGACCACCCUAGACAUUCGCAGACAAAUCUUAUCAGCACAUGGACCAUGUCUCAUCUAGUAUUUGUCUGAUUAUGCCCAA